AUGCUUCGUUCCGCUGUCGUCCUCGCCGCCUCCUUGGCGACACUCGCCACCGCAACCCCGGACAACGAGUGGCACAAGUGCCCGCUCAUCUCGUCGAUCGGGAAUGCGACCCACUUCACGGACUACCCUUUGUCGGUCUUCGAGGAGCUCUCCGUCGAGUGCCUCCACCUCCAAGUCCCCAUGUGCUACCCGAACGUGUGCACGAGCAACAAGACGCUCAGUGUCUUUCUCAAGCGCAUUCCGGCGACUCGGCCAACGACGCCGGGCAAGGCUGUGUGGCUCAUGCAAGGCGGUCCUGGCAUGUCGGCCGUUAGCAUGGAAGUGAAGAUGGCCAGGGUCUACAAGGCCGCCAACGGCACCAUGAGCCUCUACACAAUGGACUACCGCGGCGCUGGACGCAGCUCGCCCUUGAUAGCCACGUGCCCCGAGUUCCAAGGCAUGUCCGACGUCGUCGACAUCGCCGGUGCCUUCGCCAACUGCGUCCAGAAGCUCAAGAACACCUAUGGUAUGGCGCCCAAGGUAUUCUCCGUCACGAGCGCGGCGACAGACCUCGCAGCGAUCAUCCAGAGUCCGCUGCUCGCUGCGGACGACGUCUUUGUCUACGGCGUGAGCUACGGCACGUACUUGGUCGAGCGUUUGAUGCACCUCGCGCCCAAAAACGUCAAGGGCUACGUCCUCGACAGCAUUAUCAGCGAGAGCCCGGUUCGUCAGUUCAGCGACUGGGACCGCGACGUGGCAAAGAUCGAGAAAACGUACUAUGGGCUCUGCGAUCAAGACCCGAUAUGCUCGUCCAAGAUUGGUCCCAACUCGAAGCAGUUUGCUCUCGAUCUCUACAAGAAGCUCGAUGCGAACGACACGGCGUGCGCCCAAAAGAUCUACGCGGCGAAGGGUCUGCCGUCGGACUUUGUUGGACGGCUCUUUUCCGACAUGAUGCACACGUAUCGUCAGCGCAACAUGAUUCCCGCAAUCCUCUACCGCCUCUCGCAGUGCGUGCAAAAUGUCGACAGCCAAACGCACUUUGUGACGGCGCUGCUGGAACGGCCGCUGAUGCCUGACGACGACCAGACGGCCAGCGCAGACGUUCUGCCGGGCGACAAGGACUCGUGGAAGGCGGCAACCGACACGCUUCUCUACAACACCAUUGUCAUGAACGAGCUCUGGGUCUCGGGGGCGCCAAUGCCGUCGCUCGACCGCUUACGCCAUUGA